UGUCCCCAAAUUAAUGUCAUUGGUUCAGAGUUUGUUUUGAUAUUUUAACCUGUGUGUCGUGAUCGCGUUUGGUGUAGUGUUAUAGUGCAUUUCAUGUAUUGUUUUGUAGUGCCUUCGCUGGCAUGCAUCUAAAAUAACAUGUUUGCCUCACCAAGAUUGACAUGCUAAAAUCGCCACUGAAAGUAGUCCUGGUGAAUAGUGUGCACAAAACAAUGGUUGUCAUUUAUAUCUUUGGUCAUGCUGUACAAUACUGAACAUGCUGUAUUAUUGCAUCCAAAUUGAGUUUCAUUCAUAUUAAAGUAUUUAACUCUCACCUCAUACGUCUUGCCUAAGUGUUUUAUUGCAUGCUGAUUAAUUGAUGUUGCAUGCUGUGAACUUGACCUCUGUUACAUUUGUGAUUUCACUUGUUUUAUAUAUUUAAAUGAGUAUCGGUCACGUGUGGCAUUGAGAGUGAGUGCUGCUACUUCCAGACAGUGACUAACUUUUAGCACUGUACUUGAUUUCCUGUGUGUGGUUGGUUUCUAAAUGAAUUAUACUGGGGCGGGAGGGGUUCGAUCGUGAACACACGCUUGCACGUGUGUAGGGUAUAAUGAGAACAACACAAUGCCGCGCAUCCUUGAGAGGUCUUGUCGCCGUGACUGAAGGAUCGACGUGGAAAUAGAGGGGAGGGAAGCGAUCAAGACCAGUGAUUAAGAUAUGAUUUUACGCCUAUUUGCAUGGCCAGUUUUUCUCCUUGCUUACACCGUGUUUGCUGCGCUGCCUAGACCUUAUAAUGUGAGGAUGGAUGCUGUGAACACUCGAUACAUCAUGAGAUGGGACUGGAAUCACUCCAUGGCCAAUCACAACAUCACGUUCACCGCUCAAUACACAUUUUCUCAGACACAGUCGGACGAGAGUUCCUACACAGGGAUGUGUAUCAGGAUAACUGAGGAGAGGUGUGACUUCUCUAGGGAGCUGGACUUCUACAGUGCGUCAUACACACUGAGAGUGAGGGCCGAGGGCAGGGGUCAGAUGUCAGACUGGUACAGCCUGACGUUCAUUCCUGAUGAACAUGCGGACCUAGGCCCCCCAUCCCAUGUGGCGUUCGAUCCAGGGGACGCCAUGUUAACAGUGAGCUUCAGGGAGCCAAUGACGGAGCAGAACACCCCCAUGAGAUCUGUGUUGGACAUGUCCUUCAGUCUGCAGUAUUGGGAGAAACAUUCACACAGCAAGAAACAAGAGAACGUUUUUGACACCACAGAGGGAACACUGUUCCCGCUGAAGCCCUGGACAGAGUACUGCCUGCAGGUCAACGCAUUCAGCAAACUGUACAAUAAGACCAGCCCAUACACACAGCAACAGUGUGUGAGGACCCUGGGACAAUCUCCUGUGUGGAAGGUGUUGCUGGCUCUGCUGGGCUGUGUUCUUCUGAUUACGACAGUGUCUGUCUACAGAUGCCACAAAAAGAGAAAAAGUAUUGUCUCAAAGCACACAUUUCCCAGCAGUAUACUGCAGAACACACAGGAUCAAAUAUCCCUUCUCCUCCUGCAUCCGGAAGAGAGCUGUGUGGCCACAUGUGUGGUGGCUGUACAGGUAGAGCAGACAAGCCAGGGUCAACAGCAACAGGUCAAGGGUCAGGGAGAUGUUGAGGCGGAGCAGGACAGUGGCUCCUCCUCCAUCCAGAGAGGACAAGGCAGCUCCAGUCAGGACUCUGGGAUCUACUCAGGAGAAGACAGUGGAAAGAGGAGCGCAGGGUCAACAACAACAAGUCAACCUGAAGAGACUCACUGAUCACUGAGAAGAAGAAAAAAUGGAUCCCCAUAGCAAACUGCUGUAGAGGGAUUAGUGGAGUUUUGGGGAGCAGCUUGGAUUCACUUUCAAGAGGAGAGCUCUUGGGGAAAUAAUUUUUUAGUCAAAUGACUUUUUAAGACUUUUUUAGACUAGCUAUAAGACCUGAUGCAUUUCUCUAGUUGAGUUUAUUGAGUUGCCUGGGAAUAAUGGCCAAUAAUGCAGGUUAUGGGAUGCAGGUUAUGGAAUGUACUGUAUAUGUUAUCAUUUUUGUUAUUCCCAUGGAAUAGGUGAAGGGAGUAAUACACAGCGUUGUACGAGAUAUUCCGUUUUUUGGCAAUUUCUCGCAUGGAAUAGCCUUCAUUU